UCAUUAAAAUGUCGUCACCUAACUUAAACAAUAUCAUCUUGCUGGGAUGUAUAAUAGCAUACACAUAUGUGUGUGUAAAGGGAAUGGAUGCCAGGUCUCUACCAGUGUUAUGUCAGAUCAGAGGAUUUUUUGUCGUCAUUGCUUUCUCUUUGAUAUUUGGUGCAUUGCUUGCAAAGACAUGGCGUGUAUACAUCAUCUUCACGAAGGCAUAUUAUUUACGAAAGCGGGCACCUAAGGAUUUCCAUCUGUUUAUACAAAUUGGUGUGAUCACUGGUAUUAAUGUGACCAUCAUGGUCUUGUGGGAAAUACUUUCUCCUAGUUACCCCAAGGAAAAGAAACUAUAUAAUUCAAAAGUGCUAGAUCCAGACAACGAUAGAGAGGUGGUCGAUAUUGUAUGGCACUGCGUAUCUGACUAUGAUGAACACUUCAGGUUCCUUGUUUUCGGCUUUCAGGCCACCAUCCUGCUGUUUGGUGUCUUUUUGGCUUUUACCACCAGAAAGGUGAACAUUCCAAUACUGAACGAUUCCAAAGUAAUCGGACUGUGUAUCUACAACGUGAUUGUCCUAUCAAUAGUAGGGGUACCAAUAUCAUUAGUACUGAAUGACAAUUUUUCUCUCAAGUAUGGCCUUAUUUCUACUAUCAUCAUUCUUGGAACUACAAUUACCCAAUGUCUUAUAUUUGUUCCAAAGGUGCUUGCGUUAAAGAAAUAUUUGAAAGGAGACGAAUCCGAAUGUCAUUCUACCUCGACAAAUCGAUGAGUGUUCAUCGAUGAGAAUAUGAAAAACAAAUUCUAAGUGUUAAAAGCAGGAGCAUUUUAUCAAAUGUUUCCAGUAUGAUCAGCAGAAACAGUGUCUAAUUAACAUUUGUCAGAUUACAGAGUUAUGUCAGAGUUGUUAAAAGCUGUUAGUCAGGGGCCAGAGGCAAUACAAAUGAAAAAAGGUGUCCGGAAAGAUAUACUUUUGCAUCAUAUAUUUUCUGAACCAGAAACAUGUCUAGUUUAUGGAAAGUAAUGAUAUUGACGUAAAUGCUGUUGCCUUAGGAUGUUACAGAUCAAAUUGUGACCCAACCCUCGAGUGCAUUUAAAUUAAAUUUCAUUGAUAACGUAUGAAUCAGUAAUGACUUAAUAUAAAUUUUGACAAAUAAGAACACAAUUACUUUUUGUACCAAAAUGUUCUAUAAAAAUAACUAAACAAAUUAUAAAGAGAAUUAAUAAAUUAAUUUGGUAUAAAAAUGUAAUUUUUGGAUAAAUAGUGCGAUUUCAUGAGAAAAAUGAAGGAAAAGUGGAGAUUUAAAAAUAUAUAUAUAAAUCAAAAAGGCUGGUUUGAAUACAGUUUGUUUUAUAUUGCUGUAUGGAAUGCCCUGUAAAAUAUAUUACAAAUAUUUUGAAUUUGUGUAAAUCUGCAUAGCUUUAAAUUUUAAAGAAACACGUUCAUUUUCUAAGAAUUCGGAAGUAACGUGUUUUGUCACAAUACUCAACACGCUGAACUGCGUAAUGCAUACACCUUUCUAUGCCCUUAGUUUAACUUUGGAUAUUGGCUGACUAUCCUCCACUAUUAGAAAAAAACAUUUGCUCACCAUUGUGGAUGACAUUAGUAAGUCCGCCAUGUUGAAUUCAAGAUGGCGGCAAUUGUUUUUUUUACAGAAAAAUACAUAUAAACUGAAUAUAAUGAACAAUAAAACUAUCAAAUGCAUGUAACUCGUUAUAUUUCACCAUUUUCACGUUUCACCCCAAUGUUGAUAUCUAUCACAUUAAAAUAUUGUUGACGGUUGCACUAUAUUAAUUAGAAUAUCAUAAAAUAUACCUCCCCAAUAUAUUCACUGAAAUUAUUUUCGAUUUUCUGUAUAACAGGAUGUUGUCACAACACCCAUAUCUUCUCACAAAAUUAUAUUACUUAAUUGUACCGUGGUACAUGAUGCGUGUGUGUCAAGCACAAGGAUACUUGUCACAGUGGUACUUGAUGGAAUGAAAUUGCAUACAUUUAUUGCAGACACAAAAACAGUUUUUGACAACAAUUACUGUCAACAAUGACGGGACUUGGCGUAGUAUUAACUGUGUUAUUUAAAGUUACGUACACUUCUAACUCUGACUCGGCCUGAUGAGGUGAUGUUAUUCGGCAUAAUGCUACUUACAGACUAAAUA